UGGUCCAGAAAAUCCAUCCAUUCAUUCAACAAAGUGUUUCUCCGGCACUUAGCUCAGAACUUGGCACAAAGAAAUGCUCGCCUCAGGGCCUGCAAAGAUGCUGGCUGUCCCGGAGGUGGGCCUGCAGGGGCUGUACAUUGGCUCCAGCCCAGAGCGGUCCCCCAUUCCCAGCCCACCCGGCUCCCCAAGGACCCAGGAAAGCUGUGGCAUUGCCCCCCUCACACCCUCACAGUCUCCAAAGCCUGAGGCCCGAGCCCCCCAGCAGGCCUCCUUCUCUGUGGUGGUGGCCAUCGACUUUGGUACCACUUCCAGUGGCUAUGCCUUCAGCUUUGCCAGUGACCCUGAGGCCAUCCACAUGAUGAGGAAAUGGGAGGGUGGGGACCCCGGCGUGGCGCACCAGAAGACCCCCACCUGCCUCCUGCUGACCCCGGAGGGUGCCUUUCACAGCUUUGGCUACACUGCCCGUGAUUACUACCACGAUCUAGACCCCGAGGAGGCUCGGGACUGGCUCUACUUCGAGAAGUUCAAGAUGAAGAUCCACAGCGCCACUGAUCUCACCUUGAAGACCCAGCUGGAGGCGGUAAACGGAAAGAAAAUGCCUGCCCUGGAGGUGUUCGCCCAUGCCCUGCGCUUCUUCAAGGAGCAUGCUCUUCAGGAGCUGAGAGAGCAGUGCCCCUCGCUGCCAGAGAAGGACACUGUGCGCUGGGUGUUGACGGUGCCCGCCAUCUGGAAACAGCCCGCCAAGCAGUUCAUGCGGGAGGCUGCCUACCUGGCGGGCCUGGUGUCCAGAGAGACUGCAGAGCAACUGCUCAUCGCCCUGGAGCCUGAGGCCGCCUCGGUCUACUGCCGCAAGCUGCGUCUGCACCAGCUCCUAGACCUGAGCUGCCGGGCCCCAGGCAGCGGGCGCCUGGGCGAGCGCCGCUCCAUCGACUCCAGCUUCCGACAAGCCCGCGAACAGCUGCGAAGGUCCCGCCACAGCCGCACGUUCCUGGUGGAGUCGGGGGUCGGAGAGCUGUGGGCAGAGUUGCAAGCAGGAGACAGCUACGUGGUGGCAGACUGCGGGGGAGGCACGGUGGACCUGACGGUGCACCAGCUGGAGCAGCCCCACGGCACCCUCAAGGAGCUCUACAAGGCGUCGGGUGGCCCCUAUGGCGCGGUGGGCGUGGACCUAGCCUUCGAGCAGCUGCUGGGUCGUAUCUUCGGCGUGGACUUCAUUGCCACCUUCAAAAGGCAACGGCCAGCAGCCUGGGUAGAUCUGACCAUCGCCUUCGAAGCCCGCAAACGCACGGCAGGCCCUCACCGUGCGGGGGCGCUCAACAUCUCACUGCCCUUCUCCUUCAUCGACUUCUACCGCAAGCAGCGAGGCCACAACGUGGAGACAGCCCUGCGCAGGAGCAGCGUGAACUUCGUGAAGUGGUCCUCACAGGGGAUGCUCAGGAUGUCUUGCGAGGCCAUGAACGAGCUCUUCCAGCCCACAGUCAGCGGGAUCAUCCAGCACAUAGAGGCGCUGCUGGCGCGGCCGGAGGUGCAGGGUGUGAAGCUGCUGUUCCUGGUGGGCGGCUUCGCCGAGUCAGCUGUGCUGCAGCACGCGGUGCAGGCGGCGCUGGGCCCCCGUGGCCUGCGCGUGGUGGUCCCGCACGACGUGGGCCUCACCAUCCUCAAGGGCGCCGUGCUGUUCGGGCAGGCGCCCGGGGUGGUGCGGGUGCGCCGCUCCCCGCUCACCUACGGCGUGGGCGUGCUCAACCGCUUCGUGGACGGGCGCCACCCGCCGGACAAGCUGCUGGUCCGCGACGGCCGCCGCUGGUGCACCGACGUUUUCGAGCGCUUCGUGGCCGCGGAGCAGUCGGUGGCGCUGGGCGAGGAGGUGCGUCGCAGCUACUGCCCGGCGCGCCCCGGCCAGCGGCGCGUGCUCAUCAACCUGUACUGCUGCGCCGCCGAGGACGCGCGCUUCAUCACCGACCCCGGCGUGCGCAAGUGUGGCGCGCUCAACCUCGAGCUCGAACCCGCGCCCGCUGACGGCGGCCCGGACGCCGCCGGUGCGCCCCCCGGCCGCCGCGAGAUCCGUGCCGCCAUGCAGUUUGGCGACACCGAAAUUAAGGUCACCGCCGUCGACGUCAGCACCAAUCGCUCGGUGCGAGCCUCCAUUGACUUUCUUUCCAAUUGAAGGCGCCUGGGCGCGCUGCCAGCCAGGCUCUGUCCGGCCCCGCCCACUUUCGGUCCGGGGCGCAGGGGACCUGGCCAGGGCGUACAAACAUCCUAGUUCUGGUAUCAGCGCUCCUUACCCCGCCCUACUGCCCGGGGGGAUGAGGUCGCAGGAGGGUGGGUGGAGAAACAUCCAGAGGCUCUGGCUUUGGGAUUGGGCCCAGACUGACUGUAAGGCUGAAGGGCUCUGCCAAGGACUGGGGUCAAGGAGGCUUGAUCGGGACACCCACAGGGAACACGUGACUCCGAAGGCAGAAUGCUCCAGAUGACUGGAUCCUGGCCAGAACUGGGGGUGGGGGGUGGAUGCAGUUGGGAGGGAGAGGUCAGGCAAGGCCCAUAGCGGAGGGGCAGCAGGAGGAAGGGGCUUGGCUGGGACUGGGCGCAAUGCACCGAUUGGUGGGCUCAAGCCACACAGGGAGUGGGGCAGAGCAGCCUGGUACCACAGGAAAAUGACUGGAAGCUGACACAAGAGGGACAGGGGUAGUAGGGCCUUUCUGGGGUGGUGCUGACCACCCAGGUAUGACUGUUAAUUGUAGAAAGGGCAGUAGCAGGCUAAUGAGAAGCAUACAGGGUGAAGGCACUUGUGAGGGAAUGCGGGAAGCAUGCUGGGGGCGGGCUUUCCUUUGGGACAGAUGAAGGCUCCAAGGGCAACCUGUGAAUGACCCACUUGAACCCUAUCCCAGCCACAAAAUGGGGGAGGGGCUUAGGAGGACAAAGGGGACACUAAGCCGGUCUCAGCUCUGCCAGACAACUCAAUGUGCCCUUAUGCCCGCCCAGGACAUGCAACAGCGCUACCUGCCCGAGGUGACAAUAAAGCAUUUAUGCUGGUACCUCA